AAAAAGCCAAAAGACAUGCCUAAACGUCCGUUAAGUGCGUACAACUUGUUCUUCCAAGAAGAGCGAAACCGUCUCAUUAAUUCCGACAAAGCUGGGGUUGGAUUUGAAAACAUGGCUAAAACGAUAGCCGCUAAAUGGCGGAGUUUGGACGUCGACGCUAAGGCUCCUUACGAGGAAAAGGCGACCGUCAACAAGCAGCAAUAU